GAAGCGGCUCCUCCGCUGGGCCGAGUCCGCCAGCGCGCCGGCGGGCAUGGAGCGCUAUCCCCGGAGCCCCCGCGCGGGCCGCGACCGCAUGCCCUCCGGUCCUCACUAGCUCUGGGCAUUGAGCCCUUUCUCCACCACUCAACCGGGUCUUCGGAGCCUGUGGCGUUGUGAUUCGGACGAAAUGGAAGAAAAGGAGCGAUGUGACCCAUUCGGCUCUGCCCUCCUGCAUUGAGGCCUAGUUGGCAUCUGCAGAGAGGAAAACACAGCCAGGAAAGCGUGGUGUUUUCUUUUUUCCAAAGGGGGUGGGAGGGGAAGGUAGCGAAAGGAAGGAAUCCUACGUUUUAUAUGUUUUCUUUGUUAAUUCUGCACUUUGAAAGUGUUGGCUACAUAAACUAAUCCAAAAGUUAUUUUUUUUUUCUAUCGAGAAGACAGAAAAGGUAGAUUUUUUUUGAUCCCUUUUGAUUCCAACCUUCAGUGACAAAGCAUAAAUCAUGGACACCAGAGAAUAGGUGAACCUCAGGAAUCUGAAGACAGAGAAACCUAGACUUUCCUCAGGAGGAAAGGAGCGGGGUGUUUAUUGGGCUCUGCCUGGAACCUAAAUCGAAAAACAUGAGUUGCAUGCCAUGGAAAGGAGACAAGGCCAAAUCUGAAUCCUUGGAGCUUCCCCAGGCAGCACCCCCACAAAUCUACCAUGAGAAGCAGCGCAGGGAGCUCUGUGCUCUUCAUGCCCUCAACAACGUCUUCCAGGACAGCAACGCCUUCACGCGGGAAACGCUGCAGGAGAUUUUCCAGAGGCUGUCUCCGAACACUAUGGUAACACCCCACAAGAAGAGCAUGCUGGGAAAUGGGAACUAUGAUGUGAAUGUCAUUAUGGCAGCACUUCAAACCAAAGGCUAUGAAGCUGUUUGGUGGGACAAGCGCAGGGACGUGGGUGUCAUUGCUCUUACUAACGUCAUGGGCUUCAUCAUGAACCUGCCCUCCAGCCUAUGCUGGGGUCCACUCAAGUUGCCUCUCAAAAGGCAGCACUGGAUCUGUGUUCGUGAGGUGGGAGGAGCCUACUAUAACCUUGACUCCAAACUCAAGAUGCCAGAGUGGAUUGGAGGCGAGAGUGAGCUCAGGAAAUUUCUAAAACACCAUUUGCGAGGUAAAAACUGUGAACUCCUACUGGUGGUACCGGAAGAAGUGGAAGCCCAUCAGAGCUGGAGGGCCGAUGUGUGACAGUUCUGCCUGACCCUCUUUGCCUCAACCCUCCAGACCUCUUUGAUGUGCUGUGGCCUCUGCAGUCCACUUCCCCAAACAUCUCAUUGGGUUUUCCCUUCAGAUUUGCCAGUGCAAUAGGACAGAUGUGUGGACUGUCACAGAGUCACCCAGCAGUCUGUGCCUGGGGGAAGAAGGUAGGAACUCUGAACGCUUAGGGCAAGCCAUUGAACAACACCCUUUGCUGUUUCAGAGAGGGAGCUGAAAACGGGGUCCUUUGAGGGGCUGGAUUAUUUUCCCCUUUCUAUGAGUUCUUGACACAGGUUCUGCUGGUAGUGUCACUGAUGCUUCAGGCUCACAAAGAGGCCACCCCUUUUCUCUCCUGUGGCACCAUGGGGUCUGAGGACACAGUACAUGCAGAGUCCAGUGACUGGCUCAAAGGACCCAGAGCCAGGAAACUGUCUCUCAGGAAACCUUCAAGACUCCAGCAGUGGCACCACAUGCCAUCUGCAGUCCAUUAUGCCACCUCUUAGCCCUUUAAAUCCCAGCCAGCCUUGAAGUUUUAUAAUGAAAAGUUCUGCUAUUCCAAAGUAGGUGAAUUGCACAGUAUUCUAGCAAGACAAUGGUGAAAGGUAUACCUAAUACUGUGUGGGUAAAACCACAGUAGGGCAGUCACUGGUGGCCCGUCACUCUAAUUAUGUCCCUACCAUUUCACUACAUUGACUGGGGAGGCUCUGGAGCAAAAGACAGUAACAGUGAUCGUAUUCAUAGUUGGCCCAUUUUAGAAAAAUCAGAAACACAUCUACCACUGACAUAAAAUUCCAUAGUUUGGGACAGAGUUGGGCGAGGAAACUGCCAUGAAGGUAAGCUUCAGGGUUUGAGACUGGUAGGCACGUCCUGAGCUCCAGAGCUGUGGCAGCAAUCUCAGGUUGGUUGUAUGCAUUGAGCUAGAGCCUCUGGGUUUGGCGUCUGCGUAGUUUUUUUUUUUU